CAUGUGUCAGAGCGGAAUAUUAUUGGAUGUUAAAAUCAGGGUCGGAGGCGUCCUCCUGAUUUCGCAUGCUCACUGACACUUGUUGCCUCUUGUAUCGCAGGCCGUCUUGACGUCUUGACUUUUAAGUUACAGGUUUCGAUUGUUUUUACUCUCAUCAUGAGUCAUUUUCACAGUGAGUUGACUCCAAGGGAGAGGGAGUUACUGAAAAUUCGCCGGGACAGCGACACUAAGGCUGCCGAACUCGUCAAGAUGGAGAAGAUGCUGCAGCAGACCAAGGACAUGCUAGACAGGAAGACAGAAUCAUGUUCUGACAGCAUGGACUUACAGGAGAACAUGGUGGAAGACCUGGAGGAGAAGCUGCGCUCCAGUAGGCGCCACAGGAGGAGCUCGCUGCAUCACACACAGCUGCUGGAGAGCCAGAUGAAGACGGUGAAAGGUGAGCUGGUGGGAACGCUGGACCACCUGCAGGAGCUGAGGAACGUCCUGCGCCGGUCUCAGCAGAAAGCAGAGGAACGCAAGGCAGCGAUGGAGAAGCUGGCGGCGGGGCUCAGGUGAAGCACCAAAACAAGGGCUCUGACCAUUUCAAGCUUUAAUACACCAAUACUCUGACGCCCAGGGAACCUACCAAUGCACCUAUGCACUGGUUUAAUAGAAAGAAAGAGACUUGAGCUGAUGCGUUGUUCUUCACUCUCUCCUCCGCCGCUGCAGUGUUUGGCAUCCAAAGACUAAGUUGAUACUGUGUAAAAUGUUUUUAUUUUAUUUUAUUUUUUUACAUAUUAUGCCUUAAUAGAAGUAGAAGGAGUUCCUUCUUCCCUUUUUUUCUCUUAUUAAUCUUAAGUUUUAAAGGCUUUAUGCUGGCGUCAGUUUUCCACAGAUCCUGCUUCUCUGUCUUGUGGAAACGAUCUGAUUCUAAAUCCCUGCUACUUAUACAAUCAGCAAAGCUAAAUCACAUGUGUAAAACUAUAUUGAAUCAUACAUACAGUAUUCCCUUUUUCUGUACUAUUCUUUUACUUUUUGCCCAUUGCAUAUAGAGUGGUGUUCAGCUCUAACCAUAUAUAUUGAGCAUCCAUGUUUUUUUCUCUGAACUGAUCUUUGCUCAGCCAUUUAUGAAAAGAAAUCAUCUCCAUGAUUGAUGCAUUCACGAGUCUCUCCGUCUGCAGCCCUGGAAAUCCCCUCUGUGUUAUUGCCUCACAAAUCUUAAUAGAUUCACCCUCGCCAUUAUUAAUAUGUAGCUGUAUUUUGCUCUGUAAAU